GGCCGGGCUCCGCCGGGAGGAACCGGGGGGAACCGGGGGAGCCGGGAGCGGCAGCGCGCUGAGCCCCGGCACCCGGAGCGCCAUGCGGCUGCUGGCCCUGCUGGCCUGGGCGCUGCUCCCAGGCUGCGGAGCGGUGAUGGGACCCGCCGAAGUGCGGGGAUUCCUGGGGGGUUCUCUGUCGAUCACCUGCACGUACGAGCGGGGCCAGGAGAAGUACCCGAAAUUCUGGUGCAAACCGAAGGCAUUUUCUCUUUAUACCUGUGCUUACGACAUCGUCAUCACCUCGGAGUCGAAGCCCGAGGCUCAGGAAGGCCGGUACGCCAUCCGAGACAACGACACACUCCUGGCAUUCACGGUGACCGUGGAUAAUCUGUCCAAGGAGGAUGCGGGCACCUUCCGCUGUGGGGUGCGAACGAGCAAAUUAUGGUAUGAUAAGAGUGCUGCUGUGAAGGUGAUCGUGUACUCAGCUUCUUCCACCCUCCCAUCAUUGACCUGCACCACCAUCACGUUCUCUGAUCUUACUCUCUCUGUAACAGGCCACACACAGACAGUUUCCCAGGGGGAAAUUGUGCAAUCAACAUCAAACCCCUCCACCCCUCAAGUCUUGAACGUGGUUGAGCACAUCCUCAUUCCGGCUGUCAUUGUGGUACUUCUUUUGCUUGUAGUGGCUGCUGGUGUUCUGGUAAUACUCUCCAGGAAGAAGAAGGCCCUUUCCAGCACAGACAUAGAGAUGGACAAGACUCGCAGCAUGUCACCUACACAGGACGCAGGAGCCUUGGACUAUGCGGACAUUAAUCACGGCAGGGGCGCGGCCGAGAGCCCGAACAGCAAUGCGGGGGCUGUGCGGCCCCGGGAAACGCCCCCGAUGGAGUACGUGGAGGUCCGGCAGAGCGCUCGGCCUUUGGAAGAGGAAACAGAGGCAUUAUACGCCAAAGUGCAGAAGCCCGUGCCGCGGCAGGAGCAGAUCUACGCCAACGUGCCAGCAGCUGCACGGCCCGGUGAAGAGCUCUACAGCACAGUGUGGGGGAGAUGAGCGGGCACCCGGCCCCAUGGGCUGCUCCUGCUGCUGCCAGCACCGAGACUUGCACACAGGACAUGGGCUUGAUGUUCUGCUCAGGCAGGAGCAGCUCGACAGCACAGCAGCUGCUCUCCGAGGCUUGGGUGUUUCUUUGAAGCAACAUCAGAGAGGAUGAGGUUGUGUGGAGGCACAGGGAGGGUUGAAGAUAAAGUCAUCCCUUAGCAAAUGCGAUUUGGAGUGCUCAUCUGUACAGCAGUGGUGCUGGAAUAAAGCUCUCCACCUUG